CAACGGUUCCUGCCAACACUGAACCAGCAUGCCAGAGACUCUGCUCUACGCGGUCCCUCCGAGGCUUCCCCGGGCUCCCAACAUCGGCAAGCUGAAAAAGAGCCUUGGAUUCCCCAAGGGUGCCGACGUGCUCUUCAACGACCAAGUCAAGUCGUUUAGAGAAUCAUUCGUGUUCAAAGGAUGCCCCUGCAGCAAACUCAACGACUGGCGCGACGAGUUCCACCAAGAGGGCCUCAGAGAGUCGACGGCGGCGUUCCUCGAAGAACAUGGAGAGCGGUUCUGGCCCGCAAGAGUGCAAGCGCCGAGGGAGCGCAGUCGCAUCGCGGGCAUGCUCCAUCAGCUCAUCUACGCGAGGAACUACUGGAAGCACUACUACGAUAUGAAGAAGAGCCACGCCCGCGGGGACUAUUCGGUCUUGCCAAGAAGGCGUGGGAGACGACGGGCCGGCCCGGUGACGUCGGACAUUGCGGGCAUGGCUCACCCACCACGUGCGGACGGGGGGGAGGACAACAAGCCGUCGACCUCCAGUGUCGAUUCACGCAUAUACGACUAUAUCGGGUCGGAGUCAGAUGACGGACCGGAGAGUUCCCACGAGGGCUCGCGGGUUACAACGCCGUCGGGAGAUGCUGAACAUGGACGCUCAGAUGCGGCCGCUCACCGUCCCAGUCCCGGGGACCAGUCCUCGCCCGGACUGCCUCGCACACCUUCUGCGUCUGCUUCUGGGGGUGCAGAUGAAGCUCACCGAGAUGACACGGACGGCGGGAGCGAGUACUACCCGACAGAAGGCGCCUAUGAGGCGUCCGACGAAGAGCCUCCCCGAAAGAAGAAGAAGACGGGCCAGGGGUCUCAUUGUACACCGCGUCGAGGCAACGGAGGCCGUGCCGAGCUCGACCCGGCGCGUGCCAGGCCCAAGGCCCCCGAGGCACCGCAACGCUCGCAGCCGACAGACGCCGCGAGACCUGUCCCUGAAGAAGCGAGACCCCUGACGCCGACCACGACAAGCCCUGGGCGACACGGGCGGGAACCGUCGGGCAAGUGUGCGUAUAGCACGCUCCAGUUCCAACCAACUCCGCACCGCCAUGCCGACACGGAUCGUGCAGCAAAGAACGUCGACGCCCCCGCGGUUGCCACCGGCGCUUCGCCCCCUACACGUCAAGAACAGUCUGGCGACAAGUCUGUCGCCAGCCCUUGCGAGUCCCGUGCGGAACUUGCUAGCGGUGACCAGGUCCGGAGCGCACACCGACAGAGUGCCCCCGAGCGCACGUCACCGAGACGCCACGACACCGAGACUGGAGCGGACAAGGAUCUUGAGCCACCAAAGGUCUUGCCAUCUGAUGACGCUGCUCGUGGCACGGGGGCAGAGACGGCACAGCACGGAAAGAACGCACAUCAGGGAAAGAACGCACGGCACGAAAAGCAUCAACGGCCCCUGGCACCGUCCACAGCCCUCGCCGACCCCGGGACGUCGUCUGCCUCCAUCCCUGCAGUCACCGAGCAGGUCGCUGCGGUGCAACCAUCGAAGCUGACAAGCCCGCAAGGCCAAGCGCCACACGAGCCGCAUCCUAUGCCAAGUCAAGAGAAGGCGCAGGCGCCGCGGGCUGGCCCUGAGAUGUGUAACACACCGUCGCAGCAAGACACGGCACCCGACGCGGAGAGAAUGCCCCCUCCGGCUGCUAUACCGUCGGCCACGAGGCGUGUACGGGCGCAGACGGAGCCUCCUUGGCAGCAGGGGCCCGUCAAGAGUGCACCAUCACCCCUACCAUCGCAAAGACCAGCUGCCGCACAAGCUCCGCCGCCGCCGCCUACGCCUCGCGCAGCCAUGGCGACCCCGGCCGAGGACGUCUCAGUUGGUUCGACCCCGGGUCGACCCAAAGAUGCAACGGCGUCACAGUCAAGUGCCCAGGCCGAGCAGCAGAGCGUCCCCCCGAAACCCGCUGCCGACUCUCGCCAACACAAGACUGCAGGGCAUCCUGCUGCCCAAACGGGAUACGAAUGGGAAUACAUCGUCAAGAGACGCACCGUUGGCGAGGUUGUGUGGCUACCCGGCUGCGCCUUUGAGGAGCUGACGCUAUCUCAGCUCACGGCGGAGAUUAUAGCAAAGACAAAGGUUGACCUUGACGGGACUGGCACCGAGGGCAUCUCCUUCAGGGUGGAGGGGCCGGGCAUUCCGGACGAGCAGGCACCCCCUUUUCUGCAGUUCCACGGGGUCCCCGAGACGUUCGCGACCCUCAAGAAGAGGAUACAGAGAUGUGCCCGCCUCGCAGCGCAGCGCUACAGGUCGACAGGGGCGCCCGCGGACGAGGUUCUCGUUUACAGUCUGGUUGUUGAGGCGUUUACGGAUAUCGAUGACAUAGCGUAG